CGUCUUUUAGCAACUCCACUCUUCUUUCUCCGAAUCCCACUCUCUCUCCAUUAACGAAUUUCCCUUUCAUAUUUCUUUUCAUCUUCGUUUACGAACAGCGGUUAAAUUGCGCCCGGUAACGUAAGGGUGGAGCAGUAGCAGUUUGUGUGUUGGUAAAGGUGGUUUUUUUGCUGAUCUGUGGAGGUUGGUGUUGAUAAACUUAAGUUUGAACAUGAGUUCAGACAGCAGGAGCAGGAGCAGGAGUCCCAUGGGUCGUAAGAUCCGAUCUGGUCGCGUUUCUUACCGUAGUGCACCAUACAGGAGGGAGUCUCGGCGGGGUUUCAGUCAAAACAAUCUAUGCAAGAACUGCAAACGACCAGGUCAUUAUGCUAGAGAGUGCCCUAAUGUGGCAAUUUGUCACAAUUGUAAUCUCCCUGGGCACAUUGCUUCUGAAUGUACAACCAAGUCUUUAUGCUGGAACUGCCGCGAACCAGGCCACACUGCAAACCACUGUCCAAAUGAGGGAAUCUGCCACACCUGUGGGAAGUCUGGGCAUCGUGCCAGAGACUGCACUGCUCCCCCAAUGCCACCUGGGGAUGUGAGGUUAUGCAACAAUUGCUAUAAGACUGGUCAUAUCGCCGCAGACUGUACAAAUGACAAGGCAUGUAACAACUGUAGGAGGCCUGGUCACUUGGCACGCGAUUGUGCAAACGAUCCCAUCUGCAACUUGUGCAAUGUAGCUGGACAUAUGGCUAGGCAUUGCCCAAAAUCCAACAUGAUUGGAGAUCGAGGCUUUGGCGGUCGGGGUGGUGAUUAUCGAGACCAUCGAGACAUUGUGUGCCAUAAUUGCCAUCAGUUUGGUCAUAUGAGCCGGGAUUGCAUGGGGCUUUUGAUGAUCUGCAACAACUGCGGUGGAAGAGGACACAUGGCGUAUGAGUGUCCGUCGGGGAGGUAUUUGGACCGCUACCCUCGGAGGUACUGAUGAUCCAUGCCACUUCGUGUCGGUUGCAAUCUAUAUAUUAGAAGUAUGGUUUACUUUGUGAUUGAAGGUUUGGAACUUGAUGGAUUUUCCAAUUUGGAUUAUCAGAGUAGUGAUUUGCCGGAGUUUGUGUGAAGUAAUAGCUUUCAUUAUGACGCACAAUUGUGUAUCAUAACAGAAAGCUUUAUUAAUGGCUAAACUUUGUGAUUGAUUUCCGGUUCAA